AUGAAAGCUGAAACAACCCGUGGAAAAUUUUCAAAUCCUAAACCAGAUUUGGUUAAAGAGGUUAUGGAAACUACCAAAGAAGCACCACACAACGAUUGGUUAGAUUAUCAACUUCAUGGAUGGGAUUAUAGAAGAUACGUCACAUCAAAAUUAUCAUCUACAGUUGAUGAUUCCAAGUCAAUCAUCGAAUCAGAAUUUGAUUUUACCACAGUGAAAAUAAAUCAAAAUUUUUCCAAUUACUCAGCAUGGCAUCAGAGAAGCAAGCUUUUACCACUUUUGAUUGAAGAAAGGAAUUACAAUUCAGAAGAAAUCAAAACAUUUAUUGAUAAAGAAUUUGAUCUGGUCAAGUCAGCAUUUUAUACAGAUCCAGAUGACCAAAGUGCUUGGUUAUAUUAUUGGUGGUUGGUUGGCGGAGAUGGGAUACAGAGGCGAAAAUACAUUACCAAUUUACCUAGUAAUACUAUUCCUGAAUCUAAAUUCAAACCCUUAGAUGGUAUAAGAGUAUUAGAACUUGGGCAGUUGAUAGCUGGGCCAUUUUGUGGAACUAUUCUCGGUAUUGAUCUAGCAAAACAAGCCUGA